AUGGAUCGUGAAGGCGACUACGCCCGCGAGGGGCAAGCCUACUACGGCCGCUCCGUGACCGGUGGUCCCGCUCCCUCAGCGGCGACCACUGCUGCCACCACGCCUCAAUACCGCCCUGGCACCCCCAACACAGACAACGCCGGCCGCAACCCCUUUGGCGAUGGCCUCGAGUCGCAGGCGUCUGUUCGCUCCGCCAUUCCCACCGGUGCCAGCACGAAUCCCUUUGCGAGUCCCAACAACUCUCGGCCCCCGUCAAGCUACGGCUCAUCCAGUGCCCGCGCCACGGGCAUGUUCGAUGAGCGCUCGCAGCGUUACUUCCACUCCCGGAGAAUCCGCAAGGAGGACAUCGAGAAGCCAUGGCUCCAGAAGACGCACCCCAAGGAGAAAUGGGUCACCAUCCUCCCCAUCAUUGGUAUUCUGAUCGGUCUCGGCAUCUCCGGCUUCCUCAUCUGGGACGGCAUCAACAGCGUCAUAAAGCACAAGUACUGUAUCGUGCUUGACGACGACUUCGCCGGCGGCCUCAGCUCCAGUACCUGGACCAAGGAGGUCGAGGUUGGCGGCUACGGCAAUGGCCAAUUCGAGUGGACCACCGGUGGUGACGAGAAUGUCUUCGUCAAGGAUGGUCAUCUCGUCAUCCGACCCGAGCUCACUGACUCGGCCCUCAUUGAGAAGGACACCGAGAUCAACCUGCUCGAGGAUGGCACCUGCACGUCGGACAAGCCCUUCAACUGUAUCACUGCCACCAACACAACUUCGGGCAACGCCACCAUUGUCCAGCCUGUCAAAUCCGGUCGUAUCCACACCAAGGGCGGCGUUCGCAUCAAGUAUGGCCGUGUCGAGGUCACUGCUCGUCUUCCCAAGGGCGACUGGCUGUGGCCCGCCAUCUGGAUGAUGCCUCGAGCGCGACACGGCGGCAACGACAUUGCCUCAUCAGCGCUGCACUGGGGGCCCGAUCCGGCCAACGACGCCUGGUGGCGCACCAACAACAAGCGUCAGGCCCUCAAGACGACCUACGCGGAUGGCUUCAACACGUUUGGCCUCGAGUGGUCCCAGAAGUACCUCUUCACCUACGUCAACAGCCGUCUGCUGCAAGUCAUGUACACCAACUUUGACAAGCCCAUGUGGAAGCGCGGCAACUUCCCCGAGGCCAAUGCCAACGGCACCCGUCUCAAUGACAUUUGGUCCGAGACGGGACGCUCCAACACACCCUUUGACCAGUACUUCUACCUCAUCAUCAACCUUGCAGUUGGUGGUAGCAACGGCUGGUUCGAGGACGGCAAGUCCGAGAAGCCCUGGCUCAACGGCUCUCCCAACGCGAAGAAGGACUUCUGGGAGGCCCGUGACACUUGGCUGCCCACAUGGACCAAGCCCGAGCUGGAGGUCAAGCACGUCAAGAUCUGGCAGCAGUGCAACGGUGACGAGGAGCUCUGA